UAUUCAUGGCACCACCGAUCUACAGCGACAGCGCGUGCACACCGGGUGUGACGCAAAUGUCAUGCCGCAUGUUGCUUUUACUGAAGGGCACCCAAAAGGACGUUCAAUGCAAGGACAUCCAGUGGUAGCCAGUUGAUGAGCCAGAAUGACGGCAGAAAGACAUUUGGGGAGCACUCCUUCCGAUCAUCAGAACGAGCACCGGCGCUUCUCAGUUAUUGAGAAAGCAAUCUUCGCAUUUUCCACUUUACCACGAGCGACGAGAAUCAACCUCUAGGCUGUAAGUAUUAGUGGCCAAGCCAUCAUGCUCGCCUUCUCGCAAUGGGUCGCGGCUGCCGCGGAUGCUGCAGCGAAGUUAAUCUCGGCAGAAACAGAGCAGCGGAAGCUGACACUCACCAUCACAUACGGCCCGUACUUCAACGCCUCGGGAAUCCCGCUUCCAGCAAUCAUGCAGAAAGUGCAUCGCCUCGAGGGCUUUAAGCACGAGCUGGAGCGGAUGGGCUUCGUUGUUGUAAUGAAGAAAUCGCAAAGCGUCGGGCUGGUGGAGAUUUCGUGCGGCCCGCAUCGUAUGUUCUUCCUGAACAGCCCCCACCAGAUGGAGCAGCUUGCAUCCGCUUUGGUGCAACAAGAGGAGCAGAAAGAAGACAGCACAGACGAUCCACGUUGGUCCAGAUUAGCGAGAUCCGUCCUGGCAUUCUACUACGAGUGCUACUGCAGUAAUACUGCUAGAAGUCCUAGGAAACUGUAAUGGGAUUUCCGUAAUGGGCGCUCGCAGCAGCCACAGGGCAUGGCUGGCUGGUGUAGGUGUCCAGAAUGUCCCUGCAGCUCUUUUGCUUGUAUUAAAGCCCAGGUCCCAAGUUACAAGCCGCGAAAAGAGAGCGCGGUUCGAGUUGGUUCGAGAGUUUUCCGAUUGGCUGCGAGGGUGGCGAGAGCUCAAAUUCUGAAAACUUCCUUGCGACUGUCGCGAA